AUUGACGAUGCCAGAUUUACGAUUCGGAUUGAAGAUUUUGAUCGCACUGUGACUGCAUCCGCUCAUCGAUCACGACUGACCCGCUGCCGCAGGGGCGUUGAAAUGCUCGCUCUCGCUCUAUGAAAGCAAGGCAAGCUAGCUAGCCGCGGUGGUGAGGCGUUAGAAAUCACCAAUGUGAAUGGCUUGCGUAUCAGGAACGCGCGAAGCCGGAUUCGCCUGGAUUGAGGGCCUCAAGCCACUCACCCGUGGUCACGGUCAUGGCCAUGUCCUCUGCGAGCGAUGCAGCUUCAGCAUCACAACAGCGCCAGCGACCUCGAUGCGAUGCUUGUUUCCGAGCGCACAAGGCAUGCGAUCGAGCUGGGCCACCUUGCCAGAACUGCGCACCUCUGGGCCGCAAGUGCAGCUAUGAAGGCAUCAAACAUUCCGACAAGCUUGCAACUCAUGUUUGGGCGGUGCAGUCGUCCAGCGAGCAGCUGCAAGCAUGCGCGCCAGCAGGGCAGCCAUCACCAGUCCCAUCGCAGAAAGCGAGAGCAAGACCAUCUCAAGCGGUCGUCGACUCGCUUCUGCCACCUCUCACACCCGAAUCGACUGCAGACUCCCGGCCUCCUCGCACCAGCAAACGUCUAGCGCGAGAGAUGUCUAGUACAACUGCGACAGUCGACUCGCAGCCUUGCUACCGUCGUCGGCUUGAUUCUCGCAACUCUCGCGCAAAGCUCAUGUGCCCGCCUACUUACUCUUCAGACGAUGAGGGUUCGCUCCAGUCACGCUAUGGUCGCCCUCUCAGCCCUGCCAACACUGGCUCGCACAACCCUCGCGAGAUUGGCGCGGUGCAGACCUCUUUGGCUCCCAGCAUCAACGAGAACCUUGAGGGAAUCGCACAUGCACACGCAUCCUCCGCGCAGGAAGCCGGCGCAAUCAACGAGAAAGAAGCGAGAACAGGCAGGCAGAUCGGAGCGAUGCAGUCCGGUCAGCCACCCGAACAGCGCAAACCCUCACCAGCUCAACCGCCGACAGGGCCAACGCAGUCGCCGUCCCUCGCACGACUAGGCUCUUCACCUACCCAUUUCGCAUCUCCCGCUAGCCUUCACGAGGUGAAGUCGGCCAUUGAACGUGAGCAAAUCCCCGUUCGAGACACCUCUCCAAGGUGGAAAGAUGGAAUCGCCGAUUCAAACUCCACUAUAAGUGACUUCGACCUUUUGCUGGUGAACCUGUUGCGCUCUCCUCUUGCAGGUCAAUUAGUCGACCUCUACUUUGACCAGGUGGACCCACAAUCCGAGAUGCUUGUGGAUACGUGCAUCCACGACGCGGUCAUCAAGGGCUCAGACAAUCUCAUGGCAGUCAUUCCUGCGCCCCUCCAGAGGACUAUGGCUGCCCUCAUACUUGCCAUGAGUGCGCAGGUCGCCCAGCUGUGCCCAACGGCCGUUGAAGUGCUGCUCCUCACGUACGGCUCGAUUGCGAACCUCCCAGUGUCCAAAGCGGAGGAAUUGGAGCGCCUGACGUACACGGCUGCCGUACAAAACCUCGAGAACAUCUACUCUGACAGUGAGGCCACGGAGCUUCCAGCAGAGUACUUCGCAGCAAGCUAUUGCUUGCGCUCCUACGAAAAGAUAAACGGCCAAAAGGAUCUGCACAUCGAGCGGCUGGUCAUAGACACAGUGCGGCUCCAAAAGGCUGGUCUGCACAGGAAUCCCCGCUCACGCAAAGCUCUGGCGCCAUACACGUCCAAUGCAGCAUCGGCAGUGGCUAACGAUCUGCUCGAAUAUAGAAUUUUCUGGCUCUACCUGGACAAGAGCCGAGCCACCUCGCUCAUUUCGCAGACGGGGUAUACAAUUCACAAUCACGCAUUCAACAUUGACCUUCGUGAUGACUUGCAAGGAGCAGAAACUCAGAACGGCGGACUCGUCAACCAAGCUCAUCUUCUCGGAUCGACGCUGCCGCGGCUGUCGCGAUUCGCAGCUUUCAAUGCCCGCAUUGGGCACUAUAUGGGUCAGUGCUUCGAUGAGCUCCUUCCUCUCCAGCAAUCGGCAUCUUGGCAGCGAGACGCCGAGACAUGGUCGGAUCACUUUCAAGGCAAGAUCAAGGAAAUGCGAGAAAGUGCCAACGCGGCCUUUUCGAGUGGUGCCCUGACACCGCCGCAGUUCAAUUCCAUACAAUCCCUCCUCGCAAACGUCAGGGCCAUCGUCUCGCGACAGCUAUGCGAAGAGUUCGUCACCCGUCUGCUGGCUGACCCGCGGGCGGACAGCAGAAUAAGCCGCUGGCUCGCCCUGAAAACGAGCCUGGACGCUUCAUCGAGCCUCAUUGAGAUGGUGAUGACUCCUGCCGCCAGCAGAGCCGGACAAGCCAGGUUUUCAACUCCGAUUCUCAUGCAAGUCUUGGGGUUAAAGUUCCUCAAGCAGCAAGUGGUGGAGCUCUUUGAAGUGCUCACAAAAAUCGUCAAAGACGAAUGCCACUUGCUUGGUGAUCACGUCACCCGAACACACCUUGGCGAUCGCGCCCGUCAAGCGCUUCGAGGUUUCAGCUACCUACUCGUCCAGACCCGGCACAGUCCAGUGCGUGCACUUCAAAAGCUCUUGCCGUUUGCGAAACAAGCUCUCACAUCCUUCAUGUCGGCUUGCGGCAUCGCCGACGGGGUGAUUGCGAGGCUUAGCAGUGGCCCACAAAGCAUCGUGGAAGAGGACGCUCUCCUCUCCGAGAUAGAGACCAGCCUUCUUCGCCUCGCGCCGGAGAGCUCUGUGGUAAGCCCAGUCAGCUCCUCUGAUCUCAGCGCCGAUCUCGAGCAGCUCUUUGCAGAUGUGCCAUGUCUACAAGAAUUGUUUCUCAGCGCGGCGUGGUGAAGUGGUCGCCUGUCCGUGGCCCAAACUGCUCCAUGUACCACUCUUGUUCGCCAUGUUCAUCUGUUCCUGAUUGGUAGUCACCCGCUUCCCCACGCUUGAAAUCCACGUGUCUCGCGUAUGCCGAGACAUUCAUUCUUUCCCACAUC